AUGCAAAGGGCAAUCAACCCAAAAGCAGGAACAGGAUUUCGCAAUGUUCGUACAGAAUCUGGGCGUGUCUGUAGGGCAAGCAAGAAAGCUGCAUACCCAAUCUCCGUACUGCCUUCACUGUCGCUGCUGACAAUGCAAGGAGCAGAUGGGCCUGUUUUGUUGUCGGGACAUUCGAUGGUUCACGCCAUUCAACUGUCUGCAGAAUUCGCUAAAUAA